ACAACUUUGCUUCUGCUGACAAGGCCUUACAACUGAUAUCUUCUCUUCAUCUUCAAGCUUUAGCAAUCGGCGUCGACACACCCAUCUGCCACCGCUGCCGCUACCGCCACCGGCACCGCCACCGUUACUGCCCAACUAGCUCAUCUUCUUCAGAACAUUAAUUUGAUUUUAGAUCAGUUCGUGAUUAGAGGAAGAAGCCAUGGCAUAUGUAGAUCACGCCUUCUCCAUUUCCGACGACGACAUCAUGAUGGAGACCUCCUAUACCGUCAACAACCGGCCGCCGAUAAAGGAGAUCGCCCUAGCCGUUUCUCUCCUCGUCUUCGGUGUCCUCGCUAUCGUCCUCGGUUCUUUCAUGGCCGUCAACCAGGUCGGCGGCGACCGAGCUCACGGGCUGUUUUUUGCUAUACUGGGAGGAGUUCUGUUUCUUCCAGGGUUUUACUAUACACGGAUUGCAUAUUACGCAUACAAGGGUUACAAAGGUUUCUCAUUCUCCAACAUACCUCCCGUGUAGAAUCAAUCAAUCAGCCAUCCAGCAACAGUACAAGUACCAGGUUCACUGUACAGAUAGUCUCAUUGUCUGCAUGUUGUUCCCUCCACACUGGUUUCAUCUCUCUCAUGGCUUGUGUUUCUUUCUGUUUAGCGGAGCUGUCUGUGCCAAAAUAUGAUGAUGUGAUGUAAAUAAUAAAGUGAAUCCCCCUGACAAUAGAUUACCCUUGUAGUAGCAAAUGUAAACUGUUGAUCAGUCAUUUUUCUGUUGAAAUCAUGAUCCUAUUGACCUUAAUGUGCAUCCGGCAUCCCAUAGGAGAUGAGUCCAGGAUGUGUCAAACUUGAGGGGUGUUUUCCCCCCAGCCUGUGCUGUGCUAGUUAGUUAGUAGUAUUACUAUUCCUCGUAUAGAUGGAUGACUGUUGUGUGCAUGAUGAAAGAGUUGUUUGAUAUUGAUAUACAUAUACACAAAAAUAUUAAUUGGAUCAA